CCUGUGUCUAUCAUGGCCUUUUGAAUUGUUUCCUCGACCAUCACCAGACCCGUAAUGGACACGCGACAUGUUUCGAAUCCCAAAUUUAGAUGCUCGAUUGGAAGUGGUCGUUUCUAUAAUGCCGCAGCCAUGCUACAAGCUGGGUUUACCUUUCUUAGCAUUGCCCCUCUAUCAUGAUACUCGCCGCCUCCCCACCAUUGGCGCGCACUUGCUCUUGGUAUGCGUUCCGGAGUACGUGAACUACUCCGCUGCGUUCUCGUGAACCCUCUCUUGUUCUCUUCAUCUUUCUCUUUCCCUAUUUACAGCUCUGCGAGCUUCGUUAUGGCUUCGUUGUCUUCAUAGUUAUUCUUUCUGCUCCUACUUCGCUUCUACCGCGCUGGAUCGCCUUAUAUAUAGUAAGACUCUAAAUUCUUCUGGCAACGCUCGAAGAGAGCUUAGAAUCUACCAGCUCAGCAUUCCGAGUUUGUCGCAGGAGUCGUCACGAUGUAUCUCUCUAGUGUACUUCUCGGCACCUACUGCAGCCUGGUAGCUGCCAACCCUCAUCCAUGGAUGUACGGUGUGCCAGACUUCCCGGAUCUGGACAUGGAAGAAGUUAUGACCCAAGCAGGCGUUGAGGUACUUUCUGAAGCCGCUGAAGCCGCGAGCAAUACUACUAGCACAUCUCCGAACGCAACAAUACCCUCGAACUCGACUGCUUCCGUCGGUGGAGAGCCAUGUGCAGCGAUCAGCAGUGCCAUCGCUGCAGCACCGCCUGGCGCUCGGAAGGUCGUGCCUGCUGAACUGGGCAUGAUGUGUCUCGCGUCAGUCCCUCUGGACAACGGAGGCAAUGUUAAGCUCAUCGAUGACAUGAAGUUGUUUGUCAAGUGGCAGUCCAACAUCGCUUAUCUCAAAAACCCUCCAUCAAACUACACCGAGAAGUCGGUCGACGUGAUGGGCGACCUGGACUUGAUGCAAAAAGGACUGGCUAACGGCACCUUCAAGACCGAGUACGAAUUCCAAAUGGCGAUGAUGAUGCUAUUUAACCGAGCGUACGACAAUCACUUUGCAUACCAGCCCGAUAUCCUUGCGUCUGCUAUGCAAUUUCAGAGGCCUCCAGGCACAGAGUUGGUGUCUGUCUCAUCCGAUGGCAAAGCUAUGCCAGAAGUCUUUCUCUACCAGGACAUUCGCAAAGCCAACAACGAUUCCUCGUACAAGCCCUCCGCGGUCAAGAAGAUCAACGGAAUAGAUGUCACGACUUAUUUGGGAAAUGCCUCCACACAAUCCGACUUUCAUGACGCCGACACGCGCUGGAACGCCCUCUUCCCCUCGCAGGCCUUGAUUUCUUCCGGCACCGUAUUCCUGGGAUCUUUUAGAACUGGCCAAUACCAAGGUCCCAACACGACCAUGGAGUUCGCCAACGGAACCACUUUCAACCAGAUGAAUAUCGCAGUCGUCUUUGGCAACUUCACGGGUGUCAAUAGUGGUCAGACGUUCUUCCAGCAGUUCUGCACAGGCCCGAAGCCUGUCACUCAGAUCCAGCAACCGACUACGAGUGCGCCAGCUAGUCGGACGAGUGCGACGCCUACUGCUACGCCCACGCCCUCGCAGAUUGGGUAUCCGAAGGCUGUGAUACUUAACCCUAAUCUCUCUAUUGGUGGGUACUUUAUCAACGACACUGGAUACAAUGAUGUUGCAGUUCUUAGCAUUCCAUCAUACGAUGCUGGUAAUGUUCAGACCUUCCAGAACGUGAUGCGUGACUUCAUCCGUAUGUGCAAAACGCAAGGUAAAACGAAGAUGAUCUUCGAUAUGCGCGGAAACGGCGGGGGUAACGCAAUCCUUGGCUACGACACCUUCAAACAAGUCUAUCCUCAGGCAGAUCAGGACCCCUUUGGCGGUACUCGUUUCCGCGCCAACGAUGCUAUCAAGGCUGCAUUUCAACUGACCGGAGACUUUGUCAACAAUAAGACAUAUGUGCAGAGCAACCAGACGGCUUUUGCCCAGGCUUUCGGAAGGGGAACAACUCCGAACGACGUUCUGGGUAUCACUGCCAGCUUCAACUUCCAGCAUCAGCUCGAUGUCAACAACAAGGCCAUUGCUACCUCAGGUGCUGCAUUUGGACCGCAGACUGCCAAUGGCGAUCAGUUCACAACAACCAUCCGGUACAACUUCAGCGACCCAAUCUCGACAUCUUACCAGGGGUUCUCGGUGAUCGGCUUCGACAAGAACCAGAACGAGACCAGCACUCCACAGCCCUUCCAGGCCGAGAAUAUGGUCAUGCUACACGACGGCAUGUGCUCCUCAACAUGCGCCAUCGCCGCCGAGCUCCUCAAGAACCAAGGUGCAGUCCGUACCAUUGCUGUUGGAGGGCGGCCUCAAGACGGUCCCAUGCAAGGUGUCGGUGGUACUAAAGGCGCGCAAGUCUUCUCUUGGGAGGACAUACAGCUGCGAAUGCAAGCAACCUACUUCCUCGGCAGCCCUGAACAGAAAGCGCAAUGGGACACCACGGAUGUCGGCAAGACUGCAUUCGCUACCCAACUCUUCAAGCGCUCCGCCUAUCAAAAUGGCCGCGCCGCUGGCGGUGUGAAUCUCAAGGACAACCUGCGUCAGAACGACGCGUCAGGCGUCCCGCUUGAGUUCAUGUACGAAGCAGCAGAUUGCCGCAUGUUCUUCACCGCCGCGAUGGUCACUGAUGUGACGGCACUAUGGAAGGGCGUUGCGGACCGCAUGUUCAAGAACGAAACGAGCAUGUGCGUUGCGGGCAGCACGGGCAACCCGACGGCUGUCAGUGCUGGUGGGCAGAAGAGAGCGGGUGAUGGAACGUUUGCGGAGGGUAGGGGUGCCAAUUCGACGCAGAAGUCGGUUGCGAAUGGUAAAGGCGCGAUGAUUGGAGAUGCGGCUGGUAUGGCUAUGGGGAGAUGGGGAGGUGUUACGGCCGCUGUGAUGGUGAGCAUGCUGUUGCUGUGAGUCUGAGCCAGCUGGCUUGCGAUAGUGAUCUUCGUCUUUGUUUAUACGGCUCAAAAGGGCUCAAAAGGGCUCCCUGUACAAGCAUUGUAUUCUUCAAGCGGC